AGAAUAGAGAGUCAGACUAAGAGAAAGAAAAGAAAAGAAAGAACCAGCGGAAGAAAGAAAAGAACGCAGGCGCAGCAGCAGAACAGAUACGACAACGCCGAGCCGACGGGCGACCUCCUCCACUCUCCAACCGGCGGCAGAGCUCUCUCCACCAGUCUUCUCCAUUAAAUAGGGUAGAUAUGAACUGAUUGAAUAUUUGGCAGCCCAUUUUGCACGACAACUGAUCUCACACGCAGUUUUUGUCGUCCAACGGCGACUCAAAACCCAUUUUCACUUGCAGAUGCAGAGUAAAGGAGCAACCGCAACCGCAACACCCGCUCCUUUUACUUGAGCAGCACAACUACCCAACCUCCUUCUCUCUGUUAUUUGAGCUGUCUGUUGCCUAAAUAAAUGGUAUUCUUGCACGUCCUUAACAGAGGUGCUGCUCGCCGCUUGCCCAACCACACCUCCCGUUUUUUCACUUCUUUCUCUACUGGCCUACAUCAACUGCAGAAGACUGAUGGUAUCGGCUUUCCAAAUUUUGAGUUAUUGCCCUUCAGUUCACCUUCCUACAUUAUAAAGUCUAGCCUUUUCAGUACCACAGCUUGUGAAAGUCUACAAGAUUUAGCUAGUGUUGGAGAAAAAACUAAAGACUCAGCUGGUGUUUUCAGAGAAUGGGGUUGUAGUGAGAGUGAUAUAUCCAGGAUUUUUGAGCGACGUCCAUCUUUACGUAAAAUGGAUAUUCAGAUCCUUCAGUCCAAGCUUGAAAUACUUUCUCACUUGGGCAUCAAAUCCACUGACCUUGUGAGAAUGGUACAUUGUCGUCCCCGCUUUCUCAACUGCAAAAUCAAUGUCUGGUUGAAUGAACGCCUUGAAUAUCUUGAGGCGUUGUUUGGAUCAAGGCAGGUCCUAGUCAAGGCUAUUGUACGCAAUCCUUCUCUUCUUACCUAUGACUUCCACAACAAAGUCAAACCUGUCAUUGCCAUAUACGAAUCGAUGGGACUUAGCAAAGGGGACCUGAUCACUGUGCUUCUGUCUCGACCCACUUUGAUUCCACGAACUACCCUGGAUGAUGAGAAGAUUGAUUACAUCCGUAAAACUGGAGUCUCAAAGGAAUCCAAAAUGUAUAAACAUGUGGUUUCCCUCUUUGCCAUAUCUCGCAUAGAAACCAUCCGUGAAAAGGUGAUGAACAUGGAGAAAUAUGGGCUUUUGGAGGAUGAGAUAUUUGGUCUUAUUGGACGUUCUCCACUUGUUUUGACACUAUCCAUUGAUAAAGUUCAGAGACACAUGACUUUUAUACUGGGCACAAUGAGGUUAUCAGCCAAUGUGGUACUUCGAAACAUAUUCCUGCCAUACUUUAAUUUGGAAACUGUCUUAAAACCACGUUUCCAGCUGGCAUGUAAAAUAGAAGAUAUGGGAAUUGUUCCUCAGAUUAAGGGACCUGCGUUGUUGAGAGCAUUGAGGAUGUCGAAUAAGCGGUUUGUAUCAGCAUUUAUCACUUGUCACCCUGAGAGUGUAGCUGAAGAAUUGAUGACAACCUUUAAGAAUGCAAAAUGUAUUAGACGAUUAGCAGAGUCCUCGAAGAAGAACUUGAAUAAAGGAUUUCCUUUCUGAUCAUAUUUUUGUGUAUUCCAGAGUGGAUUAAGUGGAUGUUGAUGAUCUUUUCUUUCUUUCUUUUUCUUUUUUUUUUUUAAAAAUUUCCCCUCAAAUCAUACUUCUAUUCUUUCUGGAGGUACAGGAUUGCUGCUGUUGCUGGAAUCAGUUUAUGUACAAUUGUGUGUCUUGGAUACUCGAAAAGUGGGAGGGCCUUAAGUAGGCCAAACAUGUGGUGUAUAUUGGUACAGAUUUUAAGUUUCUUGUUAAUUGCUAUCAUCUUCUCCUA